AUGAAAGAUCUAUCGUAUGAAGUGCCCGGGCCAGCUCCCCUGUUAGCUGCACUAGAUGUGAAGGCGCAAGUUCAUCUGAUUGUUGGUGCAAAUCCGCUUGCGGCUGCCCGCUGCUCUAAGUGUCUUGACGUUGGGGCUAUUCCCGUUGUCAUUGCGCCUGAGAGCGUGGUCAUGCACUCUCCUCUUCGACAGAAGAUUGAGGAGGGCCGGGUACGCUGGAUCGCGCGGAUAUUUCAAGACGAUGAUUUGAAAACGUUGGGGCGGGAGGACGUUGACCGUGUUGUUGAUGCCGUGUUCAUUACGCUUGGAAGGAAUAAUCCUUUGAGUUCGCAUAUUUAUCGACUUUGCCGCCGGUUACGGAUUCCAGUGAAUGUUUCAGACGCGCCGGAUCUUUGCACCUUUACUCUCCUAUCUACCUAUUCGGAUGGGCCUCUCCACAUCGGGAUAACAACUUCUGGCAGAGGCUGUAAAUUAGCAGCACGUUUACGGCGGGAGAUAUCUUCCUCUCUCCCCUCUGGCCUUGGUGCCGCCAUUGAAACCCUAGGUACUGUCAGGACACGUAUCUGGGAAGAUGAUCAUUUGACCAAUACGGCUCCUGAAAAUCUACCAUUUGAAAUAGGAGACGAUGACUCGACGGCCCAGAAACAUACAUUCAACUCCCUCGUGACGCCAGAGGACAAUGAAGCAGCAAAAACUCGCAGAAUGCGGUGGCUGUCGCAAAUAUGCGAGUAUUGGCCACUUCGUCGACUGGCCUCUAUCACAGGCGCUGAAGUCGAGACCAUACUAGCAGCAUAUCGAUCUGCCAGCGGCAAAACCUCUUCCGCGGGGGACGCUGGACCCUCAUUAGCACCAAAGAAAGGGAGAAUUAUCCUUGCCGGAUCCGGACCUGGCCAUCCUGAUCUCCUCACCAGAGCAACUCUCAUCGCUAUUAAAAAUGCAGACCUCAUCUUAGCCGACAAGCUAGUUCCGUCACCCGUGCUUGAUCUUAUCCCACGACGAACAGAAGUCCACAUCGCCCGAAAAUUCCCCGGAAACGCAGACAGAGCGCAGGAAGAAUUACUCGAAAUGGGAGUUACGGCACUACGAGCUGGCAGGACCGUGCUAAGACUGAAACAAGGGGAUCCAUAUCUCUACGGCCGUGGAGCAGAAGAGUACGACUUCUUUAGAAACGAGGGAUAUGUCCCUACCGUUCUGCCUGGGAUUACCAGCGCACUAAGCGCACCGCUCUUCGCAGACAUACCCGCCACACACCGGGGCGUUUCUGAUCAGGUGCUCAUCUGCACCGGUACGGGACGCAAGGGUGCAGCACCAGAGCCACCUAGUUAUGUUCCUUCGCAGACAGUUGUUUUCCUCAUGGCGUUGCACAGACUCCCAUCUCUCACCGAGUCACUCACCAGUCGUCCCGAGGUGGAUAAGAGCCCUAUUUCACGGAUCCUGUGGCCCAAAAAUACGCCGUGUGCAGUGAUCGAGAGAGCGUCUUGUGCUGACCAGAGAGUCAUACGGUCAACGCUGGAGCAUGUUUGUUUAGCAGUUCAGGAAGAAGGGUCAAGGCCGCCUGGACUCAUUGUUGUGGGUGCUAGCUGCGGUGUGCUUCAUUCAUUGACGGGUGCGAAAUGGACUGUUGAAGAUGGGCUUCAGGGGCUAGAUGGGCUUGGAGGGACGGAAGAGAUGGUUCUCCUCGAUGAACUAAGGGCAUCACAGAAAACUUGA